AUGGCGGGUUGGCCGGCCAAGUGGGUGUGCGUUGUGUGGGCUUGCCUCGUCAGUGUGACGAGGGCCUUCUGUCCCACUGUGUGUAACUGCGACGACACGGUGCCCAGCGCCCGCUGCGUGGGCGUGGGCAUCAACGUGGUGCCCAUCCUCUUCAAUCCGGGGCUGCGACGCCUCAACCUCGCGCACAACAUCAUCAGCUCCGUGGCGCAGGCGCUCGUGUUCUUCGACCGCCUAGAGGAGCUGGACCUGUCGCACAAUGUCCUCACCUCGCUGGGCGUCGGCAACCUGGAGGCGCAGUCGCAGCUGCAGGAGCUCCGCCUCGCCCACAACAACCUGACCCACCUGAAGCCCGGGGCCUUCAAGGGCCUCGCGUCCCUCACCUUGCUCGACCUCAGCCACAAUGGCAUGCCGGACCUCCCCGCGGGCGUGCUGGCGGACAUGCCGCUGCUGACGGUGCUCCUCCUCGCCCACAACAAGCUGCACUCGCUCACCCAGAACACCUUCCGCGGCCUGCGCAGUCUCCACGUCCUAGACCUGUGCGAUAACUACUUCCGACACGUGCCCUCCGCGGCGCUGGGGCACCUCCAGACGCUGAAGUCUCUCCACCUCUGCCGGAACCGCCUCACGCGCCUCGACGUCGACACCUUCAACACGGAGGGCCUGACCUCCCUGUCGCUCGACACCAACAACAUCGACUACAUCGCCGACACCGCCUUCCACCGCGUGCAGCGCCUGCAGAAGCUGAACCUCAGCGAUAACCUCCUCCGCGACGUCCCAGUGACGGCGUUGGCCUCGCUCGUCAUGCUCGACUCGCUGAUUCUGAGCAAGAACAACUUCACGGCGCUCGGGGAGGGCGCCUUCCGCAGCCUCAGUCGGCUGGUGACGCUCGAGGUGUCCCGGUGCCCCCGCCUGGCUGCCCUGCACCCCGCGGCGCUCGACAGCUGCGUCAGCCUCCAGAGUCUGACCAUCUCCCACAAUCCCUACAUCCAGCAUCUUCCAGUAAGGCUCCUCAGCGCGCUACCUCGCCUCCACACCCUCGACCUCCGCGCCAACAGCCUCCGCAGCGUGUCGGAGGCCAGCAUGCCAUGGGGAUCCCUAGCCCGCCUCGACCUCCGGGACAACCCGCUGGUGUGCAACUGCUCCAUCCGGUGGCUGGCGGCGCUGCUGAGGGCCUCCAACACCUCCCUCGCCGCGCCGGACCUCCAGUGCGCGGCACCGGAGAAGCUCAAGGGCCUCUACCUCUCCAGGUUGAGCCCGAGUGAGCUGUUGUGCCUAGACCAAGUGCAGGUCGUGGUAGGAAUAGUGGUCGUGACAGUAUCGACGGUCCUCCUGGUCGCCCUCUCCGUCCUGCUUUGUCGGUACAAGCGGCGUCACCAGCGGGAUAAGCUCGGGCGCGGCUGGCCCCCUGGCCCCCUGGCCCCUUGGCCUCCCGAUGAGCACUCUGCCCCCACCAGGCACAUCAUGGCUGACGAAUACGUGUACCACACCUACUCCUCUGUCAGGAAGAUUCCUGUCACCAAAGUCUGAUAGUGUCCUCGGCCGCAGUCACGUGACCCCGGGCCUCGAGCUGACGUGUGUGUUGCCGUGACCUGCCGGGCGCCUUGGCUUCCGGGGAGCGAGGCGCGAUGAGGGCGUCGGUCUCUCGGUCCGUCGGGAGGCGAGACCGACUUCGAAGUUUCCUGAGGAGCGAGACACGCCUGUGGCUUCCCUCGCAACUUUCAGGAUGUGAUAUCUGUAUCCACGAAACGACUUACCGGGUUGAAGAGAAGUCUGCCACACAAAUUCCAGGAUAAUAUCUGCCAAACUUGUUGAAUACGAUGUCUGUGUGCAUUCUCUCGACACUGUGAACGCGCUGUGCAUGACUGACGUUUGUGUCUACCACGUGAAUAUCAACCAGCGAUAUGAAUGUAAUUACACUAGGCCUUUUAAAUCCAAUCACAUUCUGUGCUGGAUACAAGGCAGCGUCGUCGGUGGCGUAGGCUGCCCCCCUGCGAACCCUGCGUCGGUCCUGGCAGCUGCCCGUCAACCAGCUGUCGACAUUCGCUUGUCCACCUGUUUGGCAGGAGGUUGAAAUACCAGCGACACGCGUACGGGACUCGUGUCAUCGCUGAUCCUAUUCUCCACACCAAGAUAAUUAAAGGAGCUUAAACUGUGGGAGAGAGAAAAAAAAAAAAUCCAUAACGUGAUAAUGUUUCAGAAUAAUUCCGUAGGCGUAUUAAUUUUGCUCUGUCUUUGUAUGCAUGACCGUAGUUAUUAGUGUUCUUCAGGUGCAUAGUAAGGGUCAACUAUUGUUACUGUCAACAAGUGGUCGCUUCUCGUCAUGUGCAGCCGAAGCAGGGUGUUGUGGUGUUGUUUCCCUUCGGAUUUAGGGGGAUAUGAACGAACUUUUUGGAAGAUGUGAACGAGAACGAGCCUUUCGGAAGAUGUGAGCGAGCCUUUCGGAGGAUGUGAACGAGCCUUCGGAAGAUGUGAAUGAGCCUUCCGGAGGAUGUGAACGAGCCUUUCAGAGGAUGUGAACGAGCCUUCGGAAGAUGUGAACGAGCCUUUCGGAGGAUGUGAACGAGCCUUUCGGAGAAUGUGAACGAGCUUUUCGGAGGAUGUGAACGAGUAUUUCGGAAGAUGUAAACGAGCCUUUCGGAGGAUAUGAACGAGCCUUUCGGAAGAUGUGAACGAGCCUUUCAUAGGAUAUGAACGAGCCUUUCGGAAGAUGUGAACGAGCCUUUCGGAGGAUAUGAACGAGCCUUUCGGAAGAUGUAAACGAGCCUUUCGCGGGGAUGUAAAAGAGCCUUUCGAGGGAUGAGAACGAGCCUAUUAAUCCUGUGCGCGCUUGAUAGCAAAAACAAACGGAGAUAAAUCGCUUCUCAAACGACAUGAAUCUGCACAAUAUGUCUUGCAGGACGUUGUAAGAUCUAUAUUUUAAAGUAGACAAAUAUUACAGAGUGUGGGAUCGCUUCCGGCGUGACAGGUGAUCACUCAUAGUUGUUAGUUAACGAGCAGUUUCGGGGAAUGACUAGAGCGGGCGGUGCGUUGAUCAAAAUGUGUUGUUGAAGUCUGGAUCGUGUUUUAAGCAUUAUAGAUGAAGUUCACUAGGAGGGAUGGGAGGCUUUCUCUGCUAGAAGAGAGAAACUUUUGGGGGGUCUGUUUUCAUUCAUAAUGCAAAAUGCGCUAUACUCUUAAGCUGGGUAUUUAACACCCUCUGAGAUUUCGGACGUUUUGGGGACUGACAGAGAUGAUAAUAAAUAAUAUUUAUGUAAAGUGACAGUGACGGUAUAAA